AAUGAACGAAUCAAAGAUUUUUCUCUCUGUUUCAGGUUUAAUUUGGCUUACGUUAAUGACAGUGAUGUUGGACUGAAGACAGAUCUGAUAACCAUCAACCCCAGUCAGAUUCAGAGAGAAUUCAAAAACCUUCAGAAUAAUCCAGAUCCGUUGGUGAAGCGGGUCAGUGUGUACGGGAACGCCUCCCUCGCUAUGCCCGCCUUUGCCUACACCUUCUGCACUGCACUGUCAGUCAGCGUUCUCAAAGUCCUUCAUCCAGUCAGACCUCAACAUCCGGUGGUGUUCUUCAGCCCCACUUACCUGCGGACAUUGGACCAUUUCUGGAAGGGGCGUGGCCUGAAGGAGGUCCGCCUUUCCAGUGGGUUUAUUCUAAUUAGCACGGCGCUGGAGCUGUGUGAGAACGUGCACGUGUACGGAUUUUGGCCGUUCGGCAACGACCUGCAGGACAAUCCCGUUCCGUACCAUUAUUACGACCAGUUGGGUCCGCACCUCUACAUGCACGCGAUGCCGGAGGAGUUUGUACAGCUUCUGCAGCUCCACAGCAAGGGGGCGCUGACACUGCACCUGCAGCCCUGCUCCUCAGACAACUUCUGACAUCUGUACGCACUGUCCGAAAUCAUCUCGCAUAACCUUAUAAAGUGCACUAUUUGGGUCUGAAACUGUUGUGGACAUUAUCGAGUGCAUUCCAUCCAGUAAUGCACCGCUACACGGCUAGAAAAUACAUUGUGAGGGUCACGCUGUGUAUCGGCAGAAAACGGCUCAGCUGAACAAUCGAUUGUUAAACAACAGUAAAUCCACAAAACUCACUGUACUUCUG